GGAUUCCAGCCUCGUUUCUCGUGCUACGGUACUCCAACUUAUUUAGGCUUAUGACUUAUGUAACUCGAUUAAUUCGUCGCGCGUCUCGGUGUUGCUGCUGAUUUAUUUUUCUUCAAACAUCAUCAUCAUUGCCAUUGACGACCUCACUGUUCGAUGUUCAUCAUACUACACGAAGGUACACUCUACCGCGCCUUCUAAGAAUUCGCGUUUUUUAUUAUUAUCUUUAAAUUCACAGCUUAUAGUCGAAUUGUUCCUAUUCACUAUUCAUCAGACCUCUUGCCUACGACGAGGAGCAAACGUGACUGAUUGCAGUCGCACUCCUUCGUGACAAUGGCACCGCAAAAUUUGAACCCGCCUUCUCUCCCUCCUACCGUCGAGGAAGCCUACCGUCGCAAGUGUAUUCAGCUCAAAGAGCGCACCAAGGAGAUUGAAGAAGAGGCCAAGGCUUAUCAACUGCGACUAAGCCGACUCCAACGUCAAGUCCAGAAGCUCCGUCUUGAACGCGCAUUUCUGCUCGAGCAGGUUGCCAAGCGCACAAGCACUAAUGUCGAGGAUUCUGAGGGCAGCCCCAGCCCUCCUCCCACCCCCAAGGAUAAGCCGCUCCGAACGAAGCGUGGGCAUAGGAAGCCCUCUCUGCUUCCCGUUUCCGAGCCGGGUACCAAUCCCAGCGCCACUUUUAUCAGCCAGAACUUGACGACACUUUCACCCAGCUCCGACGCCUUCUCUCACUCGCAGCUCGACACACAGAAGGAACACGGCCGCGGCGGAACCAACGGCGUCGCCAAGCGACCGAAGCGCCCCAGCAACGCCUUCGAGAUCUACUGUAACGACACGCGACCCAUCCUCCAAGCCCAGAACAAGGAGAAGAUCGCGGCGGGCGAGUUCCGACUUGAAGAGGAGCUCGCCCGAGGCUGGAAGGAUCUGCCCGAGAAAGAGAAGGAAGAGUUUCAGAUCCGUUACGAGCAGGAAUUGGCCCAAUACAAGGAGGCCGUCGAAGAGUUCAAACGCGGCAAUAAGGACGUCGCGGCUCGUGAGCGCUCACGCGGAAGGGAUAGCCUUGCUGGCGGCAGCAAAAGUAGUCGAGGCGGAGCGGGAGCACGCUCGGCUCGGUUUGAGGAGGUCCAAGACGAGGAUAUGGACGAGGAUCAAGACGUCGAGAUGGCGGAGCCUGGUGACGCUGAGCCUGCCGGCGAUCAGGACACAGACCCGGAGACCGAGGUCGAAGAGAACGACGGUGUGGUCGACUAGGAGUAGGGCCCUGAUUAUCCGUGUUGCUUGAUGUAGCCCCAUGACCCAACGACUCCAUGCGACGACUCCGAACCUGAAAACUACACUCACACAUAUAAUAAUCUCGCCACAGAAUAAAGGGGCAUAUGUUGCCCUACCUAUCCCUCGACCUCUAGCAUACGGAGAACGGAAAACGGAGAAGGAAAAACUCGCUGUUUUUGCUUAGCACCGCGAAUGAAAUUCGGGGUUGGGGAACGGUCGGAUCGGAAUGACGUUCUACGAUCCUACCAAAAGAGCAGGCGUUACGGAAUUUGGACUUUUGCGUGUACACUACGAAACUGGGUAGCUAGGAAGCUACGGUAAUCAGUCAGGGAAGGUCCUGUUGCCUCUAGACGGCAUAGGAUCACUUUAGAUACGACUAAAACGCGAUGAUUUUCUACG